UGGUCACACACCGCCAAAUAAAACAGCUGUAGAAAGCUUUUUAAAGAAACAACUCAAAACAAAUGUAAAAUGGGAGGCACGCCGGAUCUGAAAAUAAUAUUGGAGUUUAGUGCUGGCGCAGAACUACUUUUUGGAAAUAUCAAAAAACGUGAGCUAUCAUUGGAUGGCACUCAGAAAUGGACAAUAGCGAAUUUAUUAAAGUGGAUGCAUGCCAACAUAUUAACAGAACGUCCAGAGCUAUUUAUACAAGGUGACACUGUACGACCUGGAAUUCUGGUGCUGAUCAAUGACACGGAUUGGGAGCUGCUGGGCGAAUUGGAGUAUGAACUGCAGCCUAAUGAUAAUGUGCUUUUUAUAUCAACGCUACACGGUGGUUAGCAAAAGCAGCUGCUAAAAACUUAAUUACUAUUAAAAUAUGUUUUUAUCAAAUGCUCAGAAGUAAGGUCUAAGUAAAAAUUAUUAAUAUAUAAGCAUAAAGUCAACUGCAAACUUUAAAUGACGUUUCUAUAUCAAACUGAAAAUUAACUCGUGAAUCAACAGGUGGAAAUGUAAAAAGCCCUCAAACAGUUGUAAAUAAAUGUAACAAAAAA